UACUCGAUACAGUUGAAAAUCAUGUCUGGACGCGGCAAAACCGGCGGCAAGGCUAGAGCCAAGGCCAAGACCAGGUCUUCCCGUGCUGGACUGCAGUUCCCAGUGGGUCGCGUCCACCGUCUGCUCCGCAAGGGCAACUACGGCGAGCGUAUCGGCGCCGGUGCUCCUGUCUACCUGGCAGCAGUGCUGGAGUAUCUGACCGCUGAGAUCUUGGAGUUGGCGGGAAACGCAGCCCGCGACAAUAAGAAGACCAGAAUCAUCCCCCGUCAUCUUCAGCUGGCUGUCCGCAACGACGAGGAGCUCAACAAACUCCUCGGAGGUGUGACCAUUGCCCAGGGCGGUGUGUUGCCUAACAUCCAGGCUGUUCUGCUGCCCAAGAAGACCGAGAAGGCCGCCAAGAAGUAAACUACUUCACACCCUAAUCACCACAACGGCUCUUCUAAGAGCCACUCACGAUCUCA